AGUUUGAUAAAACAUCUAGUGUAUGUUAUAGCUACGUUAAUUUUUUUAAAACUUUAUCUCUGUAAAUUAGAAAUAUUUGUCUUUAUUGAGUAAUAGAAAAACCUUUUAGCUAAAAUUUACAAUUUAUUUGCUGACAAUUACUAUACAUGGUAUAAAUUUAUAAAAGUUAGACAGAAAGUUAAAAAAUAAGUCUACAUGUGAGACCCGGAAAAUUUAAAAAAAUCAAGCACACUUGAAAAUGACAUUGGCUGAAGCAAAGUUGACUACGCGAAAAGUUUUAUUAUCCAUAAUUCUUGCAACAACAAUAUGGUUUUUUAUUAACAUUAUUUUGCUUAUUGUUUACAACAAUGGUAUGAUGCACUCAAGUCUCGAAAAACUUGCCUUUACUUCUAAUAGACGUGCAGACUCUAAUUAUAUGCAGGACGUCAAUGUUUAUCCUUUAGCUCCCCAUAUAAAAAAGUUUUUUGAUUUAUCUUGGUUUAAAUCUCAAUAUAAUGAAGAUUUUUAUAAAAGUAAGUAUGUUCCAGAAGAAAAAAUAAUAAAACUAAAAAAACGCGCUAUAUAUGAUGCUAGUAAAAAAUUGCCUAUAUUGUUUGCAAAAGGAGAAGGUGGAAUUGCGUCAUACCUUGAUACAGAAGAAGAAAAACUUUUAGCAGAAAAACUUUUCAAAAAUCAUUCCUUUAAUUCUGUUCUUAGUAAUAAAAUAUCUCUUGAUAGAACACAAAAAGAUAUAAGAGGAGAACAUUGUGCCAAAAAACACCAUCUCUAUCCUGAAAAAUUGCCUACAGCAAGUGUUGUUAUUUGUUUCCAUAACGAGGCUCUGAGUGUAUUACUACGAACAGUGCAUAGUGUAUUGAAUCGCACACCACCUGAGCUACUUGUUGAUAUUAUUCUUGUAGAUGACAAAAGUGUAUAUGACGACUUAAAAAUUCCAUUAGUUAAACAUUUGAAUGAACUCUCGGACAAGAUUCAGGUUGUACGCAAUGAAGAAAGAUCUGGAUUAAUAAGGUCGCGAUUAGCUGGUGCUGAAAAAUCACGUGGAGAUGUUUUGAUUUUCCUAGAUUCACAUUGUGAAACCACCCCUGGUUGGAUUGAACCUCUCCUUGCAAGAAUAAAUGAAGCCAAGUCAAAUGUUGUUGUACCCACAAUUGAAUCAAUUGAUGCAGAUACCUUAGAAUAUAGAGCAUCUGACAAUCCAGAACAGCGAGGAGGUUUUUCAUGGGACUUAAUGUAUGAUUGGAAUUCUAUACCUGAAAAUGAAAAACACCUGAGACAAUCACCUUCUGAUCCUAUAAGAACACCAACAAUGGCUGGGGGUUUAUUUGCAAUUGAUAAAAGUUAUUUUUUUGAAAUGGGAAGUUAUGAUCAAGAAAUGGAUAUUUGGGGAGGAGAAAAUCUUGAGCUUUCUUUUAGGAUUUGGAUGUGCGGGGGUCGUAUUGAGAUACUUCCAUGUUCUCGUGUUGGUCAUAUAUUUCGUAAAGUAACAAGUCCAUACACCUUUCCUAAAGGUGUCACGGAAACACUUUCAAAAAAUCUGAAUCGAUUAGCAGAAGUUUGGAUGGAUGAGUAUAAAGAAUACUAUUAUAGAUCACGUCCUUUAUUUAGAGGCAAAGAGUAUGGGAAUAUAACACAACGACUUGAAUUACGUCAAAAACUGCAAUGCAAAUCAUUUAAGUGGUACAUGGAGAAUAUUUAUUCUGAUAUGGAAAUUCCGGACCUUUAUCCUCCAGCGGAAGGAGAGAUAAGAAAUGGUGCUUCUAAUCUGUGUAUAGACUCUAUGGGUGUUGUUAAAGAAAAUGUAAAGCAUCAGGUUGGCUUGUAUCCCUGCCAUGGAGAAGGUGGAGCUCAGCAUUUUCAAUUAUCUCUCAAAGGAGAAAUUAUCUUUCAAGAUAAAUUUUGCCUUGAUGUUGCAGUCGCUUCGCCUGGAGCUUUUAUAGAAUUUUUUAAAUGUCAUAAGCAAAGAGGAAACCAACUUUGGCAACAUAAUAUAGAUUCAGGAGAAAUCGUGCAUUUUGUAACUCAACAAUGCUUAGACCUUGGUGUUUCUGAUCAUAAAGAUAAAGCAGUUAUGAAUCGUUGUGAUGGACGAGCCUCUCAAAAAUGGAAAUUUGGGCAUUACAAUAUGACUAAUUUUGUUAAGAUUCCAAAAUUUUAGCAUCUUGACGGUAGUCAUAUUCACGUCCGCAAUAUUAAACAUGGAGUUAUAUUUAGGGAUAGAUGAGGAGCAUUGAGAUUUUUUGAGAACACUGUUUUUAACAAGUUUAUUGUUAUAGUUGAUUGUUAGGACUUUUUUUAUAUAAAGUUAUUUUAAAUAUAAUUUUAUGAAUAAACUCAUAUACUAGUUAUAAAAAAACUUUAAGCAAAUACAAAACUCAAAAAUA